AAAACAGGCCUCGUUAUCUGGCUAUUUAACGUACAAAGAGAUAUAGAUGAUCAAUCAGCCUUUCGUAGCCGAGAUUGUGAAGUCCUUAUUGUUCCACAGUUCGGAGCCCUCGAUAUCACGACAGAACUUGGCAAGAUCUUGGCGAGGCAGAACGAGAUAGCAGUAUUUCUGCGUGGUAUUAAAUACCGUGUGAUGCUGCCAGAAGGGAAGCCGUGCCGAAGGUAUAUUUGCGAGCUCUAUCAGGGACAUUUCAGGCUCCCUGAGCUCGGUAUAAUUGGAACGACUGGCCUGGCCAGCUCUUUUGACUUUCAGAUCCCAAAGGCAUAUUUUCAAGAUGGUGUUGAACAAGGGCCAAACAGUCAGCAGAUUGCCGUCACUAACAACGGAUCUGGCGAUUGGACCCUCAUCUCACGUCUAAACACCAAACUAUGGGGCUGUUCCCAGCCUACAACUCCUUUCAAUGUCGUCGGCUGGCAAGGCACACUGUAUCCCUAUAAGUACGAUUUGGCUCAUGUGGAUACCAUAGCCAACAUUCGUUAUGGUCACGCCGAUCCCUCAGUGUUUGUUGUGUUGACGGCUCCUCCAUUCGGAAAACCCCUGGCAUUGCUGUGGUUGACUUUGCCUGCGUUGAGCCUCGUUGGCAAAUGGUAGAAAAUACGUAUCUACUGCCCUGGUGCCAUUGCAACACCCUACAAGAGUUCGUUUUUGGCAUCAUCAACGACAAACGUGAAGAUUCCCCGUUUUACCAUCUUAAGCUCGAGUCUGACCCGGUGGCGGCCUUCUUGAACGGGCCAAUGGCUACACACGCCCCGGGGAAGAGCUUUAUCAGGCCAUGAAGCAUCAGACACGACUAAACGGGUGAUGGUGCAAGAUGAAGGCUUCUCAUUUGGACUUUUGGAGUUUGAGUGCCCUCUUUAUUUGACUGAUUGGGCUGCUGAGUCAAGGAAACAGAACUCCAAGCGCCAUUUGGAGGGUAUCUUCAAGGAGUAGAAGAGUGAACAAAGCUAGUAAUUCAUUUGCUCAUUUCAAGACUGUAUGGACAACUAAGAAUUCUUCGAUCGCAUUCGAAAUACAACUCUAAAUGGACAUGUCUACGAAUCAGUUAUACAAUUAAC